CUAAUUAAAGAUAUUAAUGUCUGCAAAAGUUGCCGUUUUGAUAAAUGCAUAUUAAAAGGAAUGUAUAUUCAAACAACAAAAGGAAGGCAACCCGAAAAGGUUUUGGAAAUACAAACAAUGAUUCAAAAUAAACGUAGAGAACUUGCUAGUAAAGGAAAAUAUGUUCAAGGAAAAUCUAAUAAUUGUGCUGGUGAAGAAACAAAUUUUGUUGAUUUGGUAGAUUAUUAUUUUGUAGGGGGUAUAAAUUUUGUUUUGCCUAGCACUAGCUUCCUCUUUUCUCCUAGCCCUAGCCUCCAUUUAGAUUGA